AUGAACCAGCCGAUAUCCGAACCUGCGAGCCCUGCUGCCGCGCCCGACGUCACCCCAAAUCGCCCACCUGCAGUUGUACGCAAGCGCAGCAAUUCCGGCACAGGCGGACUGUUGUCUCGGUUUCCCUUCAUGCGCGCAUCGAGCGACCAGCAUAGGCCCCGCGCGCGCCGCGGGACCAACGAGGACGAUUCGAAACCGUCCGCUUCCCCAACUUCAUCACCAACUACCUCGCCACCAAUACCGUCCUUUCGUACGAUCCCGUCCACUUCGAAUACCAAUAUCCGCAACAGCAGCGCUGGCAGUAGUGUCCAUGCCCCACCACCUCCGCUUUCGCACGCGGCCCUUCAACAACAGAUAAUACUGCAACAGAAAACACGGCGGCGUAGGGGGUCGCUGAGGAAGGUCGCUCUUUUGGGCCGAGGAGCUCAGCGUGAAAGGCGGGAGAACUACCCGCUAAGCAUCAACACACAGUUUGGGGUGGAGGGUGCCAACGGUAGCAAUGCACGCACGUCCGGCUUGGGGAGCAACAUCAUCACGUCAAGUUCUGACUCGAUCAUCAAGGAAAAUAGCAGAAAUAGCGGCUUUGGACUGGGCAUCUCGGGUGUUACGUCCCGACCAAGUGCCAGCAUGGCAGAGUCGGACUCUGAGGGGAUAUAUACGGUCAAGGGCACAAGCAGCAACAUCACAUCGCCCACAAUGAUCAGCAAUAGCACUGAUGACCCAACAAUGACAAGCCCUACCAUCAGCUGCACGACCACCGAUGACGAAGACGCCCUUCAUAUGGCCAGCUUCAGAGGGCCAGGCGUCAUGCCAUCUCUCUCCCGCUCCUCGACCAGCUCCUCCGUCAGCAGUCUCAACCUUCUUCAUCCCGAGCGGGCCUCCGUCUCCUCUCCGGGUCCCGACUCCUAUUUCUCGACCAUGUCCUCCACCCGCCUCACCCGCGGCCCUCUAGACAUAACAUCCGGCAACAUCAACGGCAGCAGCUCAGCCGCCGCCGCAUCAGACUCAAUCCAAGGCCGCCGCCGCAGCUCGGCCCAACAACAACGAGCCAAGUCCCCUUUGAGUCUGACAACACCGAUGCCGUCCCAGGAAGCAGUUUCCGAUUUUGACUAUUAUGACGACUACAGCGAUACCGAGUUCUGGGGCUGGAUUAUCUUGUUAUGCACGUGGAUCACGUUCGUGAUCGGGAUGGGCUCUUGCUUCGGCGUGUGGAGCUGGGCGUGGGACGUGGGAACGACUCCUUACGCGCCGCCCGAGUUCGAGGACGACCCGACACUGCCGAUUGUUGGAUACUACCCGGCGUUAUUUGUGUUGACGUGGAUGAUGGUGUGGGUGUGGGUGUCGGUGAGCUGGGUGGGGAUGAAGUAUUUUAGGCAUGCGAGGGUUGGGGGAGAUUGAAGGGUUUCUGGUGUAAAGGGGGGAAGGUGAACAUAAAGAGAGAGGAUUCUGGAUGGAGGGUAUGGAGACAGGGUGAAAUGUGUUCGUGGUAUGGAAAUAUCGAGAGAUAAAAUCCUAAUGUCUAUUGUUUACUUGAUAGGUGAGUUGAAAAGGGGUUGAUUACUUGGCACCAUGUAUGAUCGUUUACCGCCUUCCAUACAAGUAAACAAGAACUCCAGCAUCCCAAGUAGCUACCAUUCCCCCACCGAAACAGAGAACAUGAAUUUGACCAACUUUCCGAGCUGUUUCUAUCCCAAUUUGGUGCAGUGUCUACCUACAUACCCGUUCUAGACCACGUCCCCUCCAAGGCCAAAAGCCACGUGUGGCCGGAAACGUGGCUACCAUUUUCGACCUUACGGCUCGGUU